AUGGCUGAGGCUAGUCAUGAUAUGUUCUCUCUCACACCAUUUGAUUUCACCAUUGAAGUUCAAGGUGAUCACAAUCCUCCUUUUGAAAAUUAUGAGAAAGAGAAUGUGGCAUUGAAAGGAAAACAAGACCUGUUUUUUGAAGAUUUAGCACGACAGGUUGAGAAUUCCACGUCAUGUUCUGGAUAUGGUGUUUUAAAUCAAGAAAGUGGAGCCACGGAAGAACCCUCCCAAUUCAUUCAACAAUUGGGUGAGUCGUUUGAAUUUUUCCCACAACCACAACCGACCCAGAAAACCACAAAUUUUCUAACUAGCCAAACAGAAAGUGAUCAUCAAGAACCUGGAAAUGAAAUCACCCCUCCUCCGUCAUAUUCUCUAUUAAAUCUAGAGCUCCUUAGAAAUUACCUAAGUGGUGUCAAGAAGUUGAAGGGGAAACAGUCUGGUAACACAAGCAACAAUGAACAUCAUGGAAAGAAGAUAUCAACGGAAGAAAUCAUGAGAAUAGCUGGAGCAAGGUACAUACAGUUUUCCGACCAGAUGUUCGAUGAUUACUCCAUGCUUAUGCACCCUUUUGGGCACGCUCUAUCAGGCCUGUCUGAAGAGGAAACAAGAGAUGUGGAGCUCACUCAUCUUCUUCUAAAUGCAGCAGAGAAGGUUGGUUCUCAACAAUUUGAACGAGCAAGCAGUCUGCUGUCUCGUUGUGAGUGGAUUGCAUCGCAGCAGGGAAAUUCUGUGCAGAGAAUCGUCCACCACUUCUCUGUUGCACUCCGGGAGAGAAUCGACAGAGAGACUGGAAUUUUCCCAAAAAACUCAUAUCUGGUUCAGGAGAAUAUAUCAUCAAAUGAUGGGAUGGGUUACGAGUUGUCUAUGUUAAAGCAUCACCAAGAGCUUCCUUUCAGUCAAGUAAUGCAAUUUACUACAGUUCAAUCCUUGAUUGAAAAUGUUGGAUCUGCUAAAAGGAUUCACUUGAUUGAUCUUGCAAUUAGGAGUGGGGUUCAUUGGACGGCAUUUAUGCAAGCACUUGGUGAGCGCCAACAGAACCCAGUCCAGCUACUUAGAAUUACUGCAAUCGGAUCAAAAGAGAAAAGUCAUCUGAUAGAAGACGUCGGGCAGAGACUAUCAAGUUUCGCGAAAUCCAUGGACUUGCCAUUCUCAUUCAAGGCUGUCUAUGUCCUAGACAUGAACGACAUCAGACAAGACAUGUUCGAAAUCAGACACGACGAAGCAUUAGCUAUCCAUUCCAAAUUGUUUCUGAGAACAUUGCUUUCCAGGCCAAUUUGCUUGGAAAAUCUAAUGAGAGUGAUCAAAAACCUCAAUCCUUUCAUAAUGGUGAUUCAAGAGGUCGAAGCGAACCACAAUUCACCUUCAUUCGUGAAUCGUUUCAUCGAAGUCUUGUUCUUCUACAGUGCUUACUUUGAUGCUUUCGAAACAUGUAUGGAUAGCGGAGAUGAACACAGAAUCAGAAACGAAGAGAUCUUAUGCAGUGGAAUUCGAAACAUAGUAGCAAUGGAGGGCAGCGAGAGACAUGCUCGAAACGUUAAAUUGGAGGUGUGGAGGACGUUCUUCGCUAGGUUUAAGAUGGUAGAAGUAGGUUUUAGCGAAUCGUCUCUGUACCAAGCGAGCUUGGUCGCGAAGCAGUUUCCGUGUGGAAGAUCUGUUAAUCUUCACAACAACGGCAAGGGUUUGAUUGUUGGGUGGAAAGGAACGCCAUUGCACUCUGUUACAGCUUGGAAGUUCGGUAGAGAGAGAUGGAGGUCAUUUUCUAAGAAUAACAAUUCUCAAAAUCCAAAAUAG